AUGGGCUUCAAUACUCAUGCGUCGGGCACCAAUGAUCCGCCUGCAGUGCGGAACUGGCGUAUCCAUCUGAUCGCCUUGGUGGCCAGCAUGUCUGCGCUCGCCAUGGGAUACGACACCGCAGUUAUUGGAGGCACAAUGGCUCUUGAAUCCUUCAUCCGAGACUUUGGACUCGACACGGCCGAAAAGACGGAGCGUGAUACGCUCCAGGGCAACAUUGUGUCGACGUUUCAAGCCGGUUGCUUCUUCGGUGCUCUCCUCACCUUCCCCAUUGCUGAGAAAUGGGGUCGCAAAAAGACCAUCAUCGGCGCAGCCUUGGUCUUCUUGCUCGGCGGCACGCUGAUGACGGCUGCCAAUGGUAAUAUGAGCAUGGUGGUUGGUGGCCGAGCCGUAGCUGGACUCGGAAUCGGAGCCUCCUCUCUGACUGUACCUGUCUACAUCGCCGAGACUGCUCCACCAUCGAUUCGUGGUCGACUUGUUGGUAUCUUUGAAAUUGCCUCACAAGGAGGUGGUAUGCUUGGCUUCUGGAUCAACUAUGCCACCGAUCGCACUAUCGAUGUCAACUCCAAGACUCAGUGGAUCAUCCCCCUUGCUCUUCAGCUGGCUCCUGGCUUGGGACUCGCCAUCGGAAUGACUUGGUGUCCCGAGUCUCCUCGAUGGCUUGCACGUGGCGAUCAGUUUGAGGCCGCCGAGAAGGUGCUCACCAUGAUUCGAGGACUCCCGUCUGAGCAUGAGUAUAUCCGUCAUGAGAUGGGUGAGAUCAGAGCCCAAGUGGAGGAGAGAAGUACGAACAAGAUGAGCAAGAAGGAUCAGUUCAAGAAGCUGUUCCAGAAGGGUGUCCGCAACCGCAUGGGUAUUGGCAUGGCCCUCAUGUUCCUUCAGAGCUUCACUGGUGUCAACAUCAUCACUUACUACGCUCCCCGAAUCUUUGAGAGUCUCGGAGUUCCAGGCACGUCGUUGAAGUUGUUCUCGACCGGCUUCUACGGGAUCGCCAAGACGCUUGGCAUGUUCCUCUUCACAUUCUGGGUGGUUGAAAAGGUCGGUCGGCGCAAAGGCUUGAUCUGGGGCGCCGCGCUUGGCUGCAUCCCCAUGUGGUAUAUCGGAGGCUAUGUAAUGAGGGCUGACCCGGCAGCUGCCGCCGCCGCCGGGGUUAUCAACCGUGAUGGCUGGGGAUACCUGGCCAUUGUGUGCGUCUACAUCAACGCCGUUAUCAUCUGCGCGACUUGGCAGGGCAUCACCUGGACGUAUGCAUCUGAGAUCUUCCCGCUCGACAUCCGCAUGCUGUGUGUGGCUGUCACUACGGCCGAUACCUGGUUGGGAUCGUUCAUCAUUGCUCGAUCGACGCCUUAUAUGAUUUCUGAUCUUGGAUACGGAGCCUACUUCUUCUUUAGCGCCAUCUUGGUGUGUAUGGGUAUCUGGUCCGUUUUCUUUGUCCCAGAAACGAAAGGCAUAUCUCUCGAAGAGAUGGAUGCCCUCUUUAUGAAGCCGGUCUACAAGACGGUAUGGGCACAAAUACGGGGCAAAGAAGUGCUGGCCGCUGAUCGCCCCGACUCUCCAUUCGAUGAUGACGAGAAGGCAAAGGAGCUCCGAAUACCGUAA